UAUGUAUUUUCGUCCCAUGAAGUGCUGAUUUCACGUCAUUUAAUAGUGGCGCACUUCGUUUUAGACUUUUGUACCUUAGUUAUUCUCCUUCCUUUUUCCUUUAUAAAAUACUCUCUAUCUGCCUAAUUCUUCCACUAAAACCAAGCUAGCUCCAAAGUUUCUCUCACGUUUGAUCACCUUGAGUUGUUUGAAUUUUUAGUGUUGGUUUAGGGUUUGUCAUGCGAUCUUGUUUCCGAACUAGUGUUAAAAGGCUGGAAACUUCUACGAGAAUGACAAGGGUUUACCCCAAUGCUAGUUUUACGUCUGGCGUCUCCGAGAGGCUGCCGAAGCUGUUACCGAUACCCGAGUCCGAUAAGACGGAGGAGACGAUUCUAACCGUCUGGAAAAAAUCGUUGCUCUUCAACUGUAAUGGCUUCACGGUGUUUGAUAGUAAAGGUAAUUUGAUGUUCAGGGUAGAUAAUUACAUGGACGGGCACAAGGGUGAGAUCCUUCUCAUGGAUGCCACCGGCAACCCUCUCCUCACCAUCCGCCGGAAGAAAAUGAGUCUUGGAGAUAGCUGGUUGAUUUACGAAGGAGAAGCCUCAGUGAAUCCCAGACUUUGUGCGAGGAAAUCGAUAAACAUCCUAAACAAAAACUGCUUGGCCUACGUUAACAACAAUAAUAAUCUGGUUUACGAGAUUGAAGGGUCAUAUUCGCAACGAUCUUGUUCUGUAUAUGACGACAGUAGGAGAUUAGUGGCUGAGAUAAAGAAAAAAGAAGCUGUUAAAGGAGUUGCCUAUGGAACCGACGUCUUCCGUCUUGUUGUUCAGCCCGGUCAUAUCAGGACGGACUUUUCCAUGGCUCUGGUCAUCCUUUUGGAUCAAAUGUUCGGAUCUUCGAGACGAUGACUAUUUUAUUUAGCAGAACACCAACAGUA